AUGGAAAGAUUUUUAAUAUUUAUUACUCUCUACUAUCUCUCAUUUCUCAUUGCAUUUAAUAAUGCAAAAGACGUGCACGUCAGUGAGAAAGAAAGUGAUUUAUUAAGUCGUCAGAAGCGUUUUCUCAUCUUCAACAAUGGUGGUUUGGCAAAGGCAGUUCUAGGAUUCUCAUGUCCUGUUGUUUUUAAUGAUAACACAAAGAGGAGCCUCAAUGUAGCCUACAAUUUUCAAGCACAGUACCAAUUUCAACCGAAUGUUACAUCCCCCCUAAGCGCCCCCUUUUUUACGGGUCUCGAGAGGCGCCUGAAACGCCAACGAACCAUGGAUGAACCCAAAAAGGAUGAUUCAAGGAAAUUGCUCUAUUCCCUGCUCAAAGUGACAAUGGAACGACGUGGAGUUGAUGGUGAGGAGUGUCUUCUUCGUGCUGUAUGUGAGGUCGCCGAGAGUUCAUACAAGCAGAAUGGUCUCUUUGGUGAAUUAAUAGAUCUCAUUUUCACACCACAAGACGAUGAACUCGGCCCGGAGUACACCGCAGCACGUACCAUUGGUCUACGAGGUGGUAAUUGUCAAUCAUCAUUCAGCAAAUGUCCCCCAAAUAAAGGAUUGUUGGACUCAAUAAGUAUGAUUAUGUAG